UUCACUGCCUGCAGCAGCUUUGUGGCUCUGGGCUGGACUCUCUCAAGCAGUUCUCUGAGGUCCUUCUCGACCUCAGUUCUGUGUAAAGAACAAAAAUUCUCAGGACCACAUGCUCUGAUCAUCUGUUUUAAUCUAAUGACUAAUAUUGCCUAGCUGCCUUGCAGGGCUAUUGACACAUCUCUGCCAACUGGGAUGGGUGGAGCUGCUCAGAGUGCAAAUGUCUUGCAGAAAGACUCAAAAUCAAAAGACUUGCUCAGUACUCACAAGUGCAAGAUUCUAUUAAACACAAAAUUAUCCUACUGAAUGUCCUGAGGACCCCAGCAGAAGUCCUGCCAGAUGUGUCAGAUGCAGGGUGUACAUUUACUGGUGGAAAUGGCUUUCAGUCACGACAGCCUUAUUUGUGAAACAGCCAAUGCACUCUUUCAUACCUGGCGUGGAGUAUGUCUGUAAAAAUCGUUGGGUUUUAUUUUUCCUUUUUCAUCACAUGAAAACAGUUAUUUAUAGAAAUCAAUUCAGUAACUCUGGAUCUGUUGAGGCAUUGUCUGGAUUCCAUCAGAAUUUUUCCCAGGCUGUUCUGUUUACUGAUAUGUUGGAAAUUAUUCGUUCAUUUGAACUCUGUACUGGCUCAUUUGACUGCAGAUAACGUUUCACACCAGAUAUUUUUUCCUCUCAGUGACUGACAGCUGUUGGAAGUUACAGGAUUAAUAAGCUUGUUCAGGUACAGAUCCUCUUACCCAGUCUACUCUUCCUCUUCUGAAUCACCACUCCACAGAUUAUUACAAUCAUUCACCAUGUGCAUGAUCAGGAACAUCUCAGUACUUGGAACAUGCUGUGAGCUUCAGCUCCAACAAAGUGAACGCUGGUACCCAAUGCAUGACUUCAUCAUUUGAAGACUGAAUGUUGAAAAGAGAACCUGAACGGUCUGGAGGACUAAAUGAAAAAGCACAAAUCUGCACUCCUCACUAGGUGGUCUUGAUCUACAUAUCUGGCAGAAAUUAUGUUUACAGAAGGAAUCCAGACAGUAUUGUUUUGUAUCUCAGGUACUCUACUGGUAAUGUGCAUGUGGUAAAUAUAAAGAAUGUGACAUCCAGCUUUCAGAGAGGGCAGGAAAUUACUCUUAAUGAUAGCUUAAUGACAGAGGCAUCAAUUACAUGCCCAGAUGUUUGGGUUUCAGUCUCUCACUCUUGAGUAUUGAUUUAUGUAGCUUUGCAGAAGAUUAGUUCAGAAAGGAGGUGUGAAGAAAAGAUAAUAAAGAAUGAUUUAGUAAUCUGGAAGAUGAAAACCACCUAAAUUCCUCUCUCGCAGCAUCACCACCCACCACAGUCAGAUCUGGAUGGUUAUGCCAGUGUUUUGCUUGAACAGUGUCUUUGAUGUGAAGAAAAAUCUAGCUUAGCAGAGUGCCUCAUCUGCUGUGUAAGCUGAAGCCUUCAACAAGUUCAUAUUUCUUCACUGUUGGGCUCCUGUAUGAAAGGUAUUAUUUUAGCAAAGCAGUCAGCAUUGUCCCAGAAAGGUUACACUGGAGAGUGAGAAGUGAAAUUAGAGCACAGGAUGACUCAGUAUAACCAGUCAGCAGAGCUCUCUCUGCAGAGCUCAGCAAACAGGUCACUGAAUUUUACUGGACCCCCUCUGGCUCUGGAUGAUGGAACACUGCUAGGGAUGAAGAUUUCACUGUCAGUCCUCCUGUCCAUUAUAACCUUGGCAACCAUCCUUGCAAAUGUUUUUGUUGUCAUUACAAUUUUUCUGACUAGAAAGCUACACACACCUGCAAAUUACCUCAUUGGCUCCUUGGCAGUGACUGAUCUGCUGGUGUCUGUGCUUGUAAUGCCCAUCAGCAUUGCUUACACGGUCACCCACACCUGGGCCUUUGGCCAAGUGCUAUGUGAUAUCUGGUUGUCAUCAGACAUCACGUGCUGCACAGCCUCAAUCCUGCACCUCUGUGUGAUUGCGCUGGACAGGUACUGGGCUAUCACAGAUGCUCUGGAAUACGCCAAGCGCCGGACCGCUGGCCGUGCCGUGCUCAUGAUUGCUGUGGUGUGGAUGAUCUCCAUCAGCAUUUCUGUGCCGCCUUUCUUCUGGAGGCAAGUUAAAGCUCAUGAAGAGAUUGCAAAGUGUGCCGUGAACACAGAGCAAAUUUCCUAUACAAUUUAUUCCACCUGUGGAGCUUUCUACAUCCCAACUGUACUCCUCCUGAUACUGUAUGGUAGAAUUUAUGCAGCAGCUCGAUCCCGGAUUCUGAAGCCACCUUCACUGUAUGGAAAGCGUUUUACUACUGCACACCUGAUCACCGGCUCUGCUGGGUCUUCCCUCUGUUCUAUUAAUGCCAGCCUUCAUGAAGGGCAUUCCCACUCAGGUGAAUCCCCAAUAUUUAUCAACCAGGUCAAAAUAAAAUUUGCAGAUAGUGUCCUGGAAAGGAAAAAAAUUUCUGCUGCAAGAGAGAGGAAAGCCACCAAAACUUUAGGCAUUAUUCUGGGAGCUUUCAUUUUCUGCUGGCUGCCAUUUUUUGUCAUGUCCCUAGUCCUACCAAUCUGCCAAGAUGCUUGUUGGUUUCAUCCUGUCCUACUGGACUUUUUGACAUGGUUAGGUUACUUAAACUCACUAAUCAAUCCAGUAAUUUAUACAGCUUUUAAUGAAGAUUUUAGGCAGGCUUUCCAUAAACUAAUGCAUCUCAAAAAGUGUUCAUCUUGAGCCUUCUUGUGUUGCUGCCCCUUGUGCACUCUUGCAGCCUCUCUGCAAACCUCUGCUUUUAUUCCUAAGGUGUGGAGCGGCAACUGCCACCUCUGCUGCUACCCUGGGCUGUACAUGGAGCUGGGAAUUUCUUGCCAGUUUCUGGAAAUCAAGUUCCCAUAACAGAACUUGUCUGUGGUCUCUGCAGUGAUCGUUUGUGUGUGUAAGAUCAACACAUGAAUUAAGCUCUGUAACAGGGGAAGGGUGUGAACCUGGGAGCUGAGUUCGUAUGAGAUGAUGCAAAUUACUCAACCCUGCCAUAGCUUUGUAAUGUGGCAGGAGGAAGGUGUGUGCCUGCGUGCAGGGCACCAGCAUUUCUGUUGUAUGUUUUUAACCAUAUCUGUAGGCUGGGAAAGUUUCUGGAGAAUAGGAACUGAUGUCUGCGUUUUCUGUGGCAUGUCUCAUCCUUCUGAAGCUGAUAAAGCCUGGGACUCUCUCUGACGUGGUGUAACACAGCUGACUGUAAGCAGCAGGGCAGAGAAGGCACAGCAUGUGGGUAUUUCACAAAUACUGCAUUUGAAGCCAUGCUUUUGGUAAACUGUAGAAAGAAGAGAAUUUGAAAUCAUUUUCACAGGAAUACCCAGUGCAGAAACACUACAAAAUAAAGAGCAUGGAAAUGACUGAAA